AUGGAUGGGCUGAAGAAGCAGAUUGAGGAGGUGAGAGACGUGUUGGGACGGGAUAACCUGAAUUCGAUCAACAGUGAGGAGCAGUUGGACCAGAAGAUGAGGGAAUUGGAGAUGCGACUGAUUCGAGAGUCACUGGGGGUGGUGGAAGAAAAGAGAAUUGCUGGGGAAUUGAACUCCCUGAAAACGAAGAAGAGCAAAAUGGGUGAUUUGAAGGAGAGUUUGAGGAAUUUGAGGAGACUGGAAACGAGGAUGAAGGAGUGCAGGGCAGAAGUUGGAUUGGCGAACAAGGAGAUUAGGGAGAGACAGGGAAAGAUGGGAGAGUUGAAGGAGGAGUUGGACAGGCUGAAUGAGAGUAACAGGAACAAGCAUCCAGAAAUAGAGGCACUGAAUUCGAAGAUAGCGCAAUUGAAGGAGCAGAAGAAGGUGCAACUGGAAUUGAGAGAGGAGAGAAGGGGAGUGGUUCAUGCGAUGGAAGUUGAGUACAAGAAGCACGAACAGGAUCUGCUGGUGGCAAAGGAGCAGGAGGAGAAGAAGGAGCAGUUGAGGAAGGAGAUUGGUGCAAGGAGGAAGCAGGUUGCAGAAAUCAGGCUGAAAAUGGGUCAAUUUGGAAAAGAGGUCUUUGAGAGGCUGAUUGUGGCCGUGGAACAGGUUCGAAGGAGUGGAAACUACUUUUUAUCUGCUGACUUGGUAGGGGAGUUAGUUAGGCAUGGAAUAGCAUUGCCAAGCAACGAGGCUACUGCAAAGAAGACACUUGAGGAGUUGAAGAACGGAAGAGACAACGCAGAUGAGACAUUUGCAAGCAAGAGGGGAGUACUGCAGAAUGAGAUUGACGUGAUAGAGAAGGAGGUGGCUGAGAUGCAGAAGAUGCUGGCUGAGAUGCCUGAGAGCAACGUGGAGCUGCUCAAGAAGUACAAGGGUGACAGGAAACAGUAUUAA